AUGUCAGGGCUCCCGGGUAUAUCGAGCCCUACAAGUGGUACCGCGACUGGUCGAUUGGAGUACGACCGCGAGGUCGCGAUGCUGUCGAUGUUGGAAAAGAACUGGCACCCCAACAUCAUCGCAUUUGGGUCCGCUUUCAAGGACAGGGACCAGCUAUGUGUAUCACUGGAGCUAGCCAACAUGGUGCUGAAUGUGAGAGUCCACCAUGUCAGCCUAGAAGAUGCGUUGAGAGCAACAAAUGAGCUGGACGUGGAAUCAGCAAAGCACAUCGCAACUGGAAUUGCGCGAGGAAUUAGCCAUCUCCAUGGACACCAAAUCCAGCACAGAGACAUCAAGCCUGAGAAUGUUUUGCUGACAGGAGCGUUUUCGAACCACGCCGUCAUCUCAGACUUUGGACUCUCGAUUUCUCUCAAAAACAAACCCAUGGGUGUAAGAGGAGAAUGUGGGACGACGCGGUAUCGUGCGCCUGAGAUGAGGGGCAUGAACCAUUACAGUGACCUCUUCAACGUCUAUGCCUAUGGGGUCACAGUAUAUCGUAUCGCCGGGGGACAAUUUCCGGUGCAAGGAGGUCUCGGUCAGUUAACAAAUAUGGAGGCAAAGGGGUUAGUCGACCAGCUGAUGCAUAGGGUUGUCGGGUCGCGUUUGGAGAUCGACAAGGUGCUGGAACACUCUUUCUUCCAAGUGCUGGAACUGGAUCAAAAGAGUAAUUCCAGCAGCGGCGGCAGUAGCAAACGACCUCUUGACGGCGUAACAGAUCAUGGUCAUGACACCAAGCGAACCCGCCACGACAAUGACAACGAUAAUGCUGAUGUCCUCGAGGGAGCUCAUGCCUAG